AUGAGAUUUGGAAUCCCUUCCAGCUUCCAGCUCGAAGUUGAGACAAAGGCCCCAACAGUUCCGAGGCUGGUUCUGAAAGGAAUUGACAGGAUAGACGAUAUCAAAGUCAUUCUACAGGAACUAUGCAAUGAAUGGGAUAAUGAUGAGCCAGUACAGUUUCCACAAUUGAAAAGCUUUUAUGACUCAAUAGAAAAGUUCAACAGCAAGAUGUAUGAACAAAACCGUCAUAGAGUUAUGGAAUACAAUUCUUUUUUAAAUUCACUCAUUCUGGAAAAAAAAUUAUUCACUGAUGCAGCAGUAAACGCUGUUACUGAAAGCUUUGGGAACAGGUUGAGUCUUCAGUCGCAACAAGUUACGAAAUUGGUAAAUAAAGAAGAAGAGAGAAUUAAAAUUGAAAAAGAAAAGAAGAAACGAGAAGAGGAAGAACUCGCUAGAAGAAAGGAAAAUGAAAAAAAGCUAGCAGAAGAAAAGGAGAAGAAGCUAGAAGCUGCUAGAAAAUUGAAAGAAGAGGAAGAGAAAAUUAGAAUUGCUAAAGAAGAGGAGGAAAAGAGAAAGAUAAAAGAAGAAGAAAGAAGAAAAAAGAACGAAGAAGAAAAGAAACACAAACUCAAAUCCUCCUCUGGUCAAAUUGAAAAUGAAUUUCUCAAGUAUAAGAAAGACAUAUCUGAUAUCAAGCAAAACGUUGUGCUCAAAAUAAAUGAGAAUAAAGAUUUAAAGAGGCAGGUGAAUCAACUUAAGAGGAAACUAAACCCUAAAUUUGGACAGCUUUCAAAUUCAACUCUGCAGCUUCAAAAGAUUAAUAUUGAAAUAAUUGAUUUGAUACGAUCAAUGGAAUCUACCGAUGAGCUAGCACUCAAGUGGAUUCUCAACUUUAUUGCUAAAGCAAUUAUUGACCAAGCAGAGAUGGAAGUAAUUGUUCAAACUACCGCUGCUAUACCAUUGGCCCGACUUGCAUGUAGUUUAUUGAAUACAUUCAGCGACUUUGACUAUUUCUUAAUAGCUCGUUUUGUCAAAAAAUGCCCAUUUAUUAUUGGAUACACAUGCUCCAUUGAUUCUGAGGAAGGAAGAAUACGAAUGGGCUGGAAGCGAAAAGAAGAAAAAUGGGAAGACGAUAUAAAAUAUGACGAGCGUCUUGCUGGUAUUUGUACUGUGUGGUGUACGAUGACUCGUAUAGAAGACUUUCCGCAGAAAAUAAACUAUUCUUUUGAGUCGUCAUGGAGAUUUUUAGCCAGGUUGUUAAAUACCAAUGCAGUGUUGCUCACUAAUACCCACUUUUCGGUGGCUGGUAGCUGGUGGGAAACGUGUGCAACAUAUUUUUUAAGGAAAUAUGGGCAGCAGGCAACCAAGCUCUUGAACGUAUUGUCUAUUGAGUGGCCAGCAACGACUGUCGAAAGGAACUUUCCAGCUGCAAUGCGCCUCUUGAUAUUAGGAGAAGAAUGGAAAGAUAAAAAUAGGAUAGAAACAAUAAAGGAAAUGGAAUCGUAA